AUGGAAGCGAGCAGGAAUAACCAGACAGCGCCUCUGAACAAGGAAGAGGCUGAUAUAAGUCCAAUGGAUGAAACCAUUCAGGUUCGAUCCAUGUGCAUCAAUUGUGAGAAAGAAGGAGUAAACCAAAUAGCAAAGUUAAACAUCCCGUACUUCAAAAAUGUACUGAUACAUUCAUUUGAGUGCGGAUUCUGCAACUACAGAAAUAAUGUUAUACAAGAUUUAAACACGAUAAAGGAGAAAGGAGUAAAAAUAAUUUUUAAAAUUAGCCAACGUGAGCAUAUGGAUAGACAACUGAUUAAGUCUGAGUAUGGAGUGAUGAAGAUUCCUGAAAUUGACUUUGAGAUUCCGAAGGAUACGCAAAAGGGGUCCAUCAAUACCAUUGAGGGUUUUCUGCAAACUGCUUUGAGUAACCUCAACGAGUACCUCGGAAAUUUGAAGCACAUGUACUGGGAGGCCAAUGGGCUCCCAGAAGGGUCAGCCAUCGAGGGGGUGCAAUCGCAGUCAGGCAAAACCCUCAAUGAGGAACAUGGCACAGAUGCACACAAUGUAGAAGGGCAAGUUAGCGGUAAGCUUGAACGUGCAGAAGAUGCUCAUGGGGAAGAGGCACGUGCAAUAGACCAAACCAACCAAGGGGAUAAACCCACCGAUACAAAUCUGCAGGGUCAACAAAUGACCAUAGAAAGUUACAUAAAGCUAAUCGAGUCCACAGUUCAUAAAUUGUCAACCUAUAUGGUGUCGAAGGAUCCCAUGUUUACCAUCGAGGUUGUGGACCCAUCAGGGCUCAGCUCCCUGGAGCACUACGAUGAAGAUCUGCAAAAAGGUAUCGUCACGGUGGAGCAUUACAAACGAAGCAAACAGGAAUUAAACGAAAUGGGAUUUUAUGAGGAAGAUUUUGAGGGUAAAAAUGACGGCAAAGAAAAGGAGGAACAUGUAGUAGAAAAGGUUAAGAAGGAAAAUUUCGAUUUUAUUAAAAAGUAUGUGCAUAUGAAUGACGCUGCGUGUAGCAGUGUGAACAGUGGCGCCGCCGUGCGGUACGAAAACAUAAGCCAAGAGGAAGCGGGGAAGUUAAUAGAGUCAUUCACGUCCAAUUGCCCCUGUUGCAAUUACAUGGGCUCCAACAACUUUUGCGAAAUUAAUAUACCAGGUUUUAAAAAGUGCCUAAUUAUGUCUUAUGUGUGUGCGAACUGCAACUUCAAAACGAGCGAAAUUAAGAGCAGCGGCGAGAUCAAUCCUAAAGGGAAAAAAAUUACCCUCACUGUAAAAAGUAAAAGCGACUUAAAUAGGUUUGUAAUCAAAUCAGAAACGGCAUCUAUUCACAUCCCCAUUGUUGAUCUUACGUCGGAUUACGGAACCUUGGGUGGUUCUCUUACCACCAUCGAGGGGCUCAUUUUGAAAAUAAUCGAGUCGCUGGAGGAUAAAUUUAAAUUUCUACUUGGGGAUUCUAGCACCAAUACACACGGAAACGAUGAGGUGGGGGAGCAAACAAACGAUAAUGCAAUUCAGAGAAACCAAAUAAACAAUGAGGAAUCGAUCACAAUUAAAAUAAAAAGCCUAAUUGCGAACCUGUACAAGUUGUGCAAAACGGAGGAAUUGUGCCCCUUCGAUCUUGUCAUUGACGAUAUUGCAUCCAACAGUUACAUAUCAAGUGAUGACAUUGCGAACGAUGAAAAUUUAAAAGAAGAGGAAUAUGAAAGAACGUUUGAGCAAAAUGACAUGCUAGGCCUCACAUCCAUGAAGACGGAACAUUACUGA